UACCCUCGCUGUUUUACCUACCCUUACCAUGGCGGCCCUGACGUCCAUUUCCCAGAACGAUGUCAUGGGUGGAGGCGGUUGCAAGGCCAUGACCGUGCUCUUCGCGCGCGGAACCACUGAGCUUGGCAACAUGGGCAGCGUCGCCGGACCUCCUUUCGUCACCGCCCUCGGUGCCAUGAUGGGUGGCGACAUUGCAGUGCAAGGUAUCGCCUACCCUGCCGACGUCCCAGGCUUCCUAAUUGGCGGCUCAAAGGCCGGAAGCGCGUUGAUGGCGAAGAUGGUUGGGCAAGUUAGAGCGCAGUGCCCGGACACUAGUUUGGUCAUGGCUGGCUACUCUCAGGGUGGUCAGCUUGUACACAACGCUGCAGACAUGCUUUCUGCACAAGAUGCUGCGUUCGUCAACAGCGCAGUCAUCUUUGGUGACCCAAACAACGGCAAGCCCGUUGGAAAGGUUGCCGCUUCCGACACCAUGGUCGUCUGCCAUGCAGGCGACUUGAUUUGUGCGGGACAGGCUGUUAUUCUCGCGCCACAUUUGACGUACGGUAUCAAUGGCGCUCAGGCUGCAACUUUUGCUAUGCAAAACAUGAGGGCGCCCGCCGCCGCAGCUGGGGCUGGGGCUGGGGCUGCUGCCGCCGCAGCAAAGGGUGCGAAGAAGGCUACAAGAGCGGUCACAUUCGCCGCUUAGGAUAAUGUCAAGCGUUUUCUGUAAUGAUUUGAUCAGUUCCUGAGUUUCACAAUAGCAACUUGUAGAUACAC